UCGCAGGUAGGCGGAUUGUUCGACUCACAUUGAAUUAGUAAGCAGGGCCAAGCAAGUGGUAGAAAACAAUGCAGCAUUAGCAGCAGGUCGCCUAGACUUCAGCCUGCCAUCCGUUCUCAGUCUGUUUCUUAUGACAUGAGCUACGCUGUCAGGGAAACAUGCUGAGUAGGAAAGUAGACGCAGGAUCCGUGCUUUUAAAUUCUGCUGCAGGGAUUGACCGUAGCAGGAUUGGCGAACGGUUGCAAGCUGCCCUUGCCGGACUGCAGGAGCUGCAUCUUCUGAAGGAGAAACAGGAGAGCCUUGUGAGGGAAGCUUUGGAAAUGGAACCGGAGAGAGCGAAGCAGCCGCCUCAGGGGUCCGGAAGGGGCCACGAGAGCUACUCUGAAGAGAUGCGGCUGGAAGCCACUUUAGCCGCGCUGAAGGAGCAGCUGUCCCGAUUAAGAAGGCAGGAUGUUGGUCUUAAGAGUCACCUUCAUCAGCUUGAUCAGCAGAUUAGUGAACUCAAACUUGAUGUGUCCAAAGCGUCCACAGAGCAUCUGGAGAGCGAUAGCCGCCCCAGCUCAGGUUUCUACGAGUUGAGCGAUGGAGGUUCUGGUUCCCUUUCCAACUCCUGCACGUCUGUGUAUAGUGAAUGCAUGUCCUCUUCUCAAGGCAGUUUGCCCCCUUAUUGCCAGCAGCCUGCUUCAAGGAUUGGAAUGUUUGAGUACAGACCAAAAUCGGCUGAUGAGACAACCGUUGAAGCUGCCAGCUCUCGACAGCAACCACUGCAUAUCCGGACUGGAUCCAGAAUCCGAACAAGCGCUGAUCUUUCUGGAAGUGCUGCCAAGUCACGUCAGAGACCUGUGUCAGCAGGUGACUUGGAUAUAAUGAUGUCAGGCUUGGGGUGCCCGAAGAUUCCUGACAUGAAGUCAGUUUCAUCCUUGUGCCAGGGCGGUGACAUUCGACUUGCCAGUCUGGACCCCAAGUACCAGUGUAAUUUGGUGUCCCGCAGUGGUAAUGAGGUGUACCCUUAUCCCAGUCCUCUUCAUGCUGUCGCUCUUCAGAGCCCCCUGUUUUCUGUCACUGGAGAGCUUUCAGUAUCUGUGAACCAUAAAUCCUGUGAGGAGCUGGAUGGGUUUCCAAUUAACAUGUCCCAGAAAAAGCCCAAUUUUGAAAGUAGUCCUGGUGGUUACAUCAAUAGACUUCUUUACAACCGAAGUAAGGCAAACUUCUACUAUGACAGUAGUUACAGAAAGGCAGACAGAGCGGAGCCAUCCAUAACUUAUGUGAAAGACACCCCUUCCUAUGCUGUGGUGGGGAGCAGUGAAUCCUCUGGCCCUCAGAAUGCAGAAGAAGAUACUGGUUUAAUUCAGGGACAAUUCAAGGACCUUAAGAUAAUUUCUAUGGGGAAACUGCAAGAUAAUGAUGUGAAGCCAGAGUGUCUUAAUUGCCUCAAACGUGUUGAGUCGCUGAAGCACUUUGAAGACUCCAGAUUCAGAUCAGUCCCUCCUCUAGCCGAAGAAAAGGAUUCCACUCCAGUUAGACAAGCUGCCAAAGCUCCGGAACAAGUGCCAAACCAUCAGGUGAAAUCUCGUCCAGAAAAGGACAUGAGACACACCUUCCGAGAAAGUUCUUCAGUGAAAAAAUCCAUGCGUAAAUGUAGCAGUGGCUCAGCCUGUCUGGAGAGAAGGUGUGCGGAUAUUCUUCCUGGGUCAGAAUUUGUUCACGCCAAAUUUGUGCCGGCCGAGUCUCAUCAAAUGAAAGUCAGACAAGCCGGCAGGAAGACAAAGGCCAUAAAACUGAAGAGAAAAAGUAGUGACAAACACAGGAGUGUAAAACAGUUGCCUUGUGAAAAGCCUAAAGACUUCCCUGAGGUCAACAGGUCUCCUGCUGAGAGGGGUCCUGCUAAUAAACACCACAGUGGGAAGCUUAUUGUCAGACAAGCAACUUUUGGGGGUGAAGAAACAAGCCGUUCGUGCUCCGAGUCUAGCCUGUUUCCUGCCCAUUCCAGACAUUCUCAACAGCUCCACCGGCUGCAACCCCAAAAAGUCUCAAAACCCUACCUGUCUGCACUCAGCGGUUCUGUUGAACAAAUAAAGAAAAAGCAGACACGAAAAUGGCAGUCGGCAGUGGAAAUCUCUGCAAAGCAGUCGGCAGGGCAAUUUCCGUAUGGUUCCAGUACCGGGCAUGCUCUGCAGCAGCCACUGCGGAAAGCCGGGGUUAGCCGGGCGUCCAGCAUGCGUCCCCGGCCUUUAAAUUACCGGAACCACCCCAGCAUUUACUGCUAUGCAAUGAGUGAGUCGGAACAGUCGGAGUACUCUGCUGAAUGUUCCUCCCUCUUUCACUCCACCAUUGUGGAGACCAGUGAAGGUGAGCAGAGCGAUUACACAGCCAACCGAUUUGGGGACAGCGAGUCCAGCAUGAGUCAGUCUGAGGCAUCUAGUGACAGCAGCCUCACCAUUGACACUGACGGCACUGAAGAAAGUGAGCUUGUGUGGGCCGAAGCAGCCAUGGGACCAACGGCGGCCGGCAUCUCUCUGACCAAGCCCAGUCACCUUGAGCCAAGAGCCUGCCGCGUUAAAGCUUCAAAGGCAUUAAAGAAGAAGAUUCGCCGAUUUCAGCCUGCAGCAUUGAAAGUUAUGACGAUGGUGUAGUUUCCAGCAGUUUCUUUCAACUCCCUGCUGCUUCUGUUCUCUUUAAAAACACAAUGGGUACAACUUUUUUGUUUUUUUCCUUUUCUUAAAGAAGAAUCUGAGGAAUUCCCUGACCUAUAGAUGACCUUAAACAACCAAAACUGAAUUAUUUUAUAUGUUACAAUGCAAGUUAAUAAAGUUUUUAAAUUUGA